AUGGCAAGCUCCGACACGAUAAAACUAACUAAAUUCAUACAGGCAAUGGACUCCAUUUAUGGCCCCUUCCCCGGACCCAACGAUCCAAACUUGACUCGGUGGGAACCACCACCUGCUGCAGAAGGGCAUCGAGGGCGAUAUCUCUGGACCGACGGCUUCGCUGUUGUCAAUUUUCUGACUUUGCACAAAACCACAGGCGAGCAACGCUAUCUCACAUUAGCCACGAAUCUUGUAACGGCGGUCCACAAUAUUCUAGGCUAUACCCGGGAUGGAACUAAGAGACUUCCUGGGGCCACCGAUGACAAUCCUUUGGGAGGUGGUCUUCGGAUUGGCAAGCACGACGAGAGCGGCCCUGAUGGUGACGGCCAGUACUUCCAUUACCUAACCGUGUGGAUGUUUGCCCUCAAUCGAAUGACACUGGUUACAGGCAACAAAUGGUACAAUGACCAAGCAGUAUCCAUGGCAAAAGCAGUGCUCCCUCAUUUCAUGACCAACACAUCUGCAGAGCGUCCAAGGAUGUUCUGGAAAGUCAGCAUGGACCUGUCGUAUCGUCUUGUUAAUUCUGAAGGCAACCUUGACCCUAUUGACGGCUACGUUACAUACAGUCUCCUUCAGCGCCUCAGCGAUGAUCAUCAUGUACUUGACGGGGAAAUCUCUGCAUUGAAGAAGAUAGUCGACCAGAAAGCUCCGCACUAUUCAACACACGAUACUCUCGAUAUCGGAGUGACACUGUGGACAGCACACUGGCUAGUUCCUGAGCCGGCUUGGCCCCCAGACAAAGAUUGGGCAUCCCAGCUGCAGUAUCGAACUCUGAAGAAUCUGGCAGAGAUCGUCGACGCUGGCUAUUUUGAUCACCCUCUCAAAUCUCGACUUGCUUUUCGUGAAUUUGGCACUGCUUUGGGUGUUCACACCGCACUUCCCUUGCUCAAUAAGCUGAAGGACCCAAAAGUCCACAAAUUCAGUGCAGAGUCUAAGCUGAGAACGUUGCCGGACCGGAUCUGUCAGGCUUGGGAAGCCUUCGGACUCGUGCCCGUUCCAGACGCAGAUACAUCACAGCGCCUGACUGAGCUUAUGCCUAUCACUGCGGUAAUGUAUGCCACUGCUCUUCUACCGGGAUUGAUGGUUCAGCAGAGUCCAUGA